UUUUCCUUUACAAUUUCUGAGUGAGACAACUCUCAAAUGUUCUCUAUUUUUUAAUUUAUGGUGAACCUUGACAACAUUGAUCUAAACAAUUAACUAAACUUUAGUUGAAGCUAUGCAGCUUCAGUCCGCGAACGUGAAAGAUUAUUUUUCUCAAACGUCGGCGGAAGCGGAUACGGAUCCACUGUGUUGCUGCGAGUAUCGUGAUCGGAAUGACGACCGCAAUCACAUUUUAGCUUGCUGCUGCAAUUGUGUCGACGCUGACGAAUCCUUCGAUAGUUUCAUUUCUGGUCGUCCAAUUUCGGUGGAAAAGCAGCGCGGCAUGCUGCUGACUUUUCAGGACCGCCUCCGGAUUCCCUGGCGGGGCGGUGCCAAGCAGAUAACCGUGGACAAUGUCCUGCCGGUUGUGCUGCUGGUUAGCCUGCAGCUCCUAGCUGCCCUGGAUUUCUACUGUAGUUUGGUUAUUUUUACCUUUAUCCCCGUGCUGCUGGCCUAUCUCAAACGGUUCCUGGGACGUGUACUGCCAAAGACGAAAUUCUUCUCAUUGUGGCUCUUUUGGAGUGGUAUAUACUUGCUGAUACUGUUCGAAUCAACCGUGCCACUGUUGGAAUUGUUACCGGAGGAGAAUGCGGCUUUCGUACUGCUGAUGUCCCUGUCAUUUUUCUGCUUCUAUAAAACUAAUCAAAAAGCAACCCUCAACUAUGUUAAUCAAACGCCAUACAAAGAGGAACAGUUGGCCAACGGCGAUUCCCAGACGGCAAUCCUGAUCUCCGAUCGGGAGGAUUCGGAUGAAGGUGACGGCCGGUUGGCAUGCCAAACCUGUCGCAGAUAUGUUCCCCCGCGGACCUAUCACUGCAAGGUCUGUGCCACAUGUAUCGUUAAGCAGGAUCACCACAGCGUGUGGUUAAAUUGCUGCGUGGGACGGGCAAAUCAUCGUUUCUUCCUGGUUGGUUGCUUUUGCUCGCUGUUGGCACUGUGGCUGUUUGCCAACCUUUCACUGACAUCUGUUUGCCAUCCGACGCCAAUAUUCACCCUGUUUGGAGUGACGGUUAUGCUGCCAGAUGAUUGCACCGACAUAUAUUUCCAGUAUGACGUUGCACUAUGCUUCACUGGUGCCGUCUACGCCCUUCUGAUGUCGCUGUUCAUCCUUAUCUCUCUACUGAAACAGUCCUGCUUGAUCUCCCGUGGUUUAACCGGCACGGAAUGGCAACGGGGCGAGCAUAUCAACCGGCGAAAUUGUCUCUUUAACUGGAAACUGUUCUGCAUGGGACAAUAAAUGCAUUCUAUUACUAGAGUAUCGUUAUGAUCAUUAUAUUAUGAGAUAUCCAAAUAGAUACGUAUUUUUAACCGUUUUAAACUGCAAGUAUGUAAUGCCCAGAAUAUAGCAACAAUAUACUACGAAAAGAAUUCUCGCCUUCGAAUUAAAAGUAAACCUUGUGAAGGUGAACGAACAUGGAAAACAGUUGGGUUUUCUGUUUCAUGUUUUCCUGCUCCUGCGAUAACUAUUUAUUAAACGAUAACUAUAAGGUCAGUCAUAUAUAUAUAUAGUAAGUUUAGGUCAAACUAGCUCGUAAGUAGUACCUUUUAAAAUAAUCCUUUUUGCUCUUAAAACAAACAAAACGAACAAUAACGGCAACAAGAAAACAUAGAACUAUUUAUCCGCUACAUAAAUACUCAUCCAUCAGCGAUGAACGAAUGAUAGAAGGCCCUCCUUUUUAGCAAGGAAAAAUACAAGAGUCAAAUUAGAAUUGUUUUAAUCAGAUGAAUCGCUGAUGCUCAAAGAUACAGCGAACAAAAGUAGACUGAUAAAGUUUAGCGAAGAAGAAGGAAACUUCGCAAUUUUAUCCUUUCAACACUCGUAACCAAUAUCAUAUAUUACUUUAUCGAACCUAAUCUAUUCAAUAUAUUUAAAACGUCAUCCAUAGCACAAAUAUAUACUUAUUUCAUCGGUGCUCUUUUUGGGUGUAACACCAAAAAUUAAUUAGCUUAGGUUUCUCGAAAAUAAUGCAUUUAUAACCUUGUGUUCCAGCAUAUUCGGUAGCACGCAAAUUCCUUCCUAUAUUUCCCCUAAAAAUAAGUGCACCGUUCAGUAAAAGUCUUAACUAUCAAUUAUCUGUAUUCUCUGUCACACAGUUAUUUCAAUGAAUAACGGAAAGAUCAAAUUGAAAGGAUCAAACGCCACUGCUUGGGCCUGAUCGGGCCCGAUCGGGUCAUUCAAAUCAAACCAAAAGUAACAAAGUCAAUGUCAUACUUAUUAAUAAUUUAUGCGCCCAUUAUCGACACUCGAA